AUGGUAAUUCUCUUGUGCAGGCAUCAGAGGCAGUCUCAGCACCUUCCCACCAGCAGCCUCUCCCCAAGAACCUCCCCAGAGCACAGGGCCACCCAGACCCUCCUGCUGCAGGCCUGUUAUUACAAUGUAGACACGGGCGCACCUCUUUUUGCUGCAUUCUUCGAAGACCAAGCUGAGGUGAAGAGGGAACACGCAAAGCAGUUCUUAAGAUACCUAAGAAGACAUGAGGGUAAAAUCUGCCUUCCAGUCAUUCAGAGGCCGGAUCUAGAUAACUGGGGAACUGGCAUACAAGCUCUAGAGUCUGCUCUGGAGUUGGAGAACAAGUUAACCAAGCUCCUGCAAGACCUGAAGACCUUGGCUUCUGCAAACAGUGAAACUGAUCUCUUACGUUUCAUGGGAAAGUACCUAGAUAAACAGAAGAGGAACAUAGGCUAUCUGGAACACCAGCUUUUAUAUCAUAGGAAAGUAGAAAAGCAGGCGCAGGAGGAAGACACAUUUAAAAAGCCUGCUGAAGUGUCAGGUCCUGGUAUCCGUAAUAUUCUUGGUUCCCUGACCAGGAAACCCAACCGCACUGGCCCCUUGAGCCACCGAUUUGGGUGA